AUGGAUGGGAGAAAGUUAGUUUGUAAAAAUGGAUAUCCAAAAGACUACAAUUCAGAAACAGCAAACAACAAAGAUGGAUAUCCUACAUAUAGGGGAAGACAAAUAGGUGAAAAGGUGAAAAUCAGACGAGAUGAGCUAGAUAACCAAUGGGUAGUACCUUAUAAUCCAUAUUUACUACUCAUGUUUGACUGUCAUAUUAAUGUUGAGGUUUGCUCAACUAUCAAAGCAGUAAAAUAUUUGUACAAAUACGUUUACAAAGGGCACGAUCGAAUAUCAUUCAAGAUAUCUGCCACAAAUGAUAAUAAAGUUGAUGAAAUUGAACAAUUUCAAUCUGGCAGGUGGGUAUCCCCAUGUGAAGGAGUAUGGCGAAAAUUUGGGUUUGAUUUAUAUGAAAUCUAUCCUCCUGUUAUGCCGUUGCCUGUACAUCUUUCGAAUAUGCAAUCCAUUUCAAAUGGGUAG